CUCCUCAGCGCUGUGCAGAGUCUAGUCACGUCCUUCAUUCAAGCUGCAGAUGACAACACAGCGUCAAACGCAAAUGGGUAUUCCGAGCACGCGAAACCUGUUGGCGACCACAGACCGACGACUCUGCUCGAUCCAAACCCGCCACAACAACUCCAGCAACUCUUAGCCUGUUCACUGCCCCAGCAAGGCCUCGGACGAGAUGGCUUCAUCGAGAUGGUCCAAAAGCUAUACCGCCACAGCGUCAACACCUGGCACCAAGGUUUCCUCGACAAGCUCUACGCCAGCAUCACUCCAGUCGGACUCGCAGCAGAUUUGGUUCUCAGCUCUCUGAACACGAAUGUCCACGUCUACCAAGUCUCGCCUGCUCUGACAAUUGUCGAGAAGCAGACCGGUCGUGCUUUGGCUUCGAUGUUUGGUUUGAAUGGAGUCCAUGCUGGUGGCAUCACGCAGCCGGGUGGAAGUGCUGCGAAUCAGAGUUCUAUGGUGAUUGCGCGGAAUACUUUGUUUCCGGAGACGAAAAUUGAAGGGAAUGGAAACCGACGUUUUGUUCUUUUCACGUCGGUACAUGGGCAUUAUAGUGUUGAGAAGGCGGCGCAGAUGUUUGGGUUUGGUUCGAAUGCUGUACGUGCGGUUGAGGUUGAUGCGCAAGGACGAAUGAAGCCAGAUGCAUUAUCGCUCGCAAUCCAAACCUCCAAAACCGCCGGCGAAACCCCCUUCUACGUCAACGCAACAGCCGGAACAACCGUCCUCGGCUCCUUCGAUCCCAUCCCCCCAAUCUCAAAAAUCUGCCAAACCCACAAUCUCUGGCUGCACAUCGACGGCUCCUGGGGCGGCUCCAUAAUUUUCAGCGACAAGCAACGCCACAAACUCCAAGGCUCCCACCUCGCAGACUCCAUCACAAUCUGUCCGCACAAAAUGAUGAAUGUCCCUCUCACGUGUUCUUUCCUUUUGGGGAAAGAUUUGAGGGAUUUUCAGCGAGCGAUGACGCUUCCUGCCGAAUAUCUUUUUCAUGGUAGGAAUGCGGACGGUGGGGAACGCCACUGCUCCGACGCUCAUCGGAAUGGAGGAGAUACAUGUGCCGAGCAAGAAGAAUUCUGGGAUCUGGCAGAUCUCACCCCCCAAUGCGGUCGGAGAGGGGAUAGUCUCAAACUCGCCUUGAGCUGGAUAUAUUCCGGAACCCAAGGGUUUCGAGAUUAUAUCGACCAUGCUUUCGACAUCGCAGCGCAGUUGACAUCUAUCCUCGCCUCGAAUCCGAAUUUCACGUUGGUUUCGGAGAAUCCGCCGCCUUGUUUGCAGGUUUGCUUUUAUUUUCGGAAGGUGGCUGAUGUUGAGGCGAAUAGUAGGAUGACGGAGAGGAUUGCGAAGGGGUUGGUUAUGAGGGGGUUUAUGGUUGAUUAUGCGAUGGGGAGGGAGGGGAGCUUUUUGAGGGUUGUUGUUAAUGGGCAGACGAGGGGGGAGACGGUGGUGGGGUUGGUGAGGGCUGUGGAGGAGGUGGGGAUGGAGUAG